CCUACAGUCGGCAGGCAUUGUGAACGAGUGAACAUAUAAAGCCAUUAUGUCUGUGAAAUCAUCUAGUUUUAAUUGUACUUCAUGUAGAAUAAAAUUGUCCACUAAUUAUAAUUUGCAGCAGCAUCUACAAAAUUUCCAUAAAAGUAAUAGUCCUGUGAAAGAAGAAGCAAUAUGUCCAUUCGAAGACUGCAGAAAAACUCUAAGCAGUAAACAUUCAGAGUUAGUAGGACACUUGACAGAGAAGCAUGAAUUUCAGCCAUCAAUCGUUGAAUUCACGUUUGCUUCUGAAGAUGAGGAGCAUUCCUACAGCGAGCCUCGCAUGAGAGAAGGGUCGAGUCAAACGAGGCAAAUGACAGGAGAGUCCUGCUACAGUCGAGACCAGCGACGGUAGAGACCUGUGACAUUCGAGGCCAGCGACGGUGGAGGACUCCUGAAAAAGAGGCCUCAAAGGUCGCCUGCGUUAGGCGACA